AUGUCGUUGGAAAAAGACACCCAUUCGAUAGAAAACAAGCAAAGAACAAACACAGACUCGUCGUUGUCCGAUAGAUCGCAAAUGGGAGCUGAAAAAGCCAGCCGGGCAGACAACUCCCCCACUUCAACUUCUUCGGGGUCUGGGGCCAAUGCCGCUGCUGCUGGUGCAUCUGCUGCUAAUGGUUCGCCGCAAUUCUAUAGAAUGCGCGUCGACGAAGUGGCCCAGCAUUUCCACACUAAUCUAGUCGACGGGUUGACGGAACACGAGGCCCAGGCCCACUACCAAACUUACGGCGCCAACACCUUGGGCGAUGGAGACAAGAUCUCCUACACCAAGAUCUUGGCGCACCAAGUGUUCAACGCCAUGAUCUUGGUGUUGAUCAUCUCGAUGAUCAUCGCGUUGGCGAUCAAGGACUGGAUCUCCGGUGGUGUCAUUGGCUUUGUGGUGGGGAUCAACAUUGUGGUGGGCUUUGUGCAAGAGGUCAAAGCCGAGAAAACCAUGGGCUCGUUGAGAAAUUUGAGCUCGCCCACGGCUAGAGUGACGAGAAAUGGAGAUGAUAUCACCGUGCCUGCGGAACAGGUUGUUCCCGGGGACAUUGUCCAUGUCAAAGUCGGCGACACUGUGCCUGCUGAUAUCAGGUUGUUUGACUCGAUGAAUUUGGAAACUGAUGAAGCCUUGUUGACGGGCGAAUCGUUACCGGUGCAAAAGAACCAUGAGGACUGUUAUGAUGAUUAUUCUGUGCCUAUCCCCGUGGGCGAUCGAUUGAAUUUGGUUUACUCCUCCUCGGUGGUUUCCAAAGGUCGAGGCUCGGGUAUCGCGUACAGUACCGGUUUAAACACCGAGAUUGGCCAGAUUGCUCAAUCUUUAAGAGGCAACAACGGCAUCAUUCGAAAAGUCGACAAGUCCAACGGCAAGCCUAAAAAGAGGGAGUACGGUAGGGCCUUUUUCGGAACCAUAUACGACAUUGUGGGCAACAUCUUGGGUAUAACGGUGGGAACACCAUUGCAGAGAAAAUUGUCGUGGUUGGCCAUCUUCCUAUUCUGGGUGGCUGUCGUUUUUGCCAUCGUGGUGAUGGGUUCGCAAAAGAUGAUUGUUAACAAAGAAGUCGCCAUCUACGCCAUUUGUGUCGCCUUGUCCAUGAUCCCUUCUGCGUUGAUUGUGGUCUUGACCAUCACCAUGGCCGUGGGUGCGCAAGUCAUGGUUUCGAAACACGUUAUUGUGCGUAAAUUGGACUCGUUGGAGGCACUCGGUGGUAUCAAUGACAUUUGCUCAGACAAGACAGGUACCUUGACCCAGGGUAAAAUGAUUGCCAAAAAAGUGUGGUUGCCCAAUGUGGGCACUUUGGAAGUGCAAAACUCCAACGAGCCUUAUAAUCCAACCGUGGGAGAUGUCAAGUAUGCGCCACAUUCGCCAUUUUUCAUCAAGGAGACCGAUGAAGAAAUCGACUUUAACAAGCCUUAUCCUGAACCAAUGCCCAAAACCAUGGACGAAUGGUUAAUGACGGCCACCUUGGCUAAUAUCGCUACUGUGAACCAAAGCAAAGACGAAGACAGCGGCGAGUUGAUUUGGAAAGCUCACGGUGAUGCUACUGAAAUUGCAAUCCAAGUGUUUUGCACUAGGUUAAACUAUGGCAGAGAAUCCUUAGUCGAUGGAUUCGAACACUUGGCAGAGUUUCCCUUUGACUCCUCAAUCAAGAGAAUGUCGGCGAUAUACAAGGACAAAUCUUCUGGUGUAACCACUAUUUACACCAAGGGAGCAGUUGAAAGAGUCGUUGCCUUGUGUGACACCUGGUAUGGAGAAGGCACCGACGACGCGCAGGAUUUGAAACCAUUGAGCGAGCAAGACGUCAAGAUGAUUGAAGAAAACAUGACUGCAUUGUCAUCCCAAGGGUUGAGAGUGUUGGCUUUUGCAACCAAGAACCUCGAUGAAGGCGACGAUGGCCCCUAUGCUGAGAGAGAACUCGUUGAGAAAAACUUGACUUUCCUUGGCUUGAUUGGUAUCUACGACCCACCAAGAGAAGAAACCGCUGGAUCCGUUAAAUUGUGUCACAAGGCCGGUAUCAAUGUCCACAUGUUGACGGGUGACCACCCAGGUACAGCCAAAGCGAUUGCUCAAGAAGUCGGCAUCUUGCCCCACAAUUUGUACCACUACAGUCAAGACGUGGUCAAAGUUAUGGUUAUGACUGCUAAUGAGUUUGACGCCUUGUCAGAUGAAGAGAUUGACAAUCUCCCAGUGUUACCUCUAGUGAUUGCCCGGUGUGCUCCUCAAACCAAAGUGCGCAUGAUUGAUGCCUUGCAUAGAAGAAAGAAGUUUGCCGCCAUGACGGGUGAUGGUGUCAAUGACUCGCCCUCUUUGAAGAAAGCCGACGUUGGUAUCGCCAUGGGUCUCAAUGGAUCCGACGUUGCGAAAGACGCCUCCGACAUUGUCCUUACCGAUGACAACUUUGCCUCGAUCUUGAAUGCCAUUGAAGAAGGCAGGAGAAUGUCUGCCAAUAUUCAAAAAUUCGUGUUGCAAUUGUUGGCUGAAAACGUGGCCCAGGCAUUGUACUUGAUGAUUGGUUUGGCGUUUAUGGACGAAACUGGCUUUAGUGUUUUCCCAUUAUCACCAGUGGAAGUUCUUUGGAUCUUGGUGGUUACUUCGUGUUUCCCCGCCAUGGGUUUGGGUCAAGAAAGAGCCAGCGAUGAUAUCUUGGAAAAACCACCAAACAAUGAGAUCUUCACCUGGGAAGUCAUCAUUGACAUGUUGGUGUACGGCUUCUGGAUGGCUUGUUCAUGUUUGCUUUGUUUCGUUGUUAUCGUCUACGGCCACGGCAAUGGAGACUUGGGUUACAACUGUAACUCCAUGGAUGCCGACACUGACGUGUGCAACUUGGUGUUCCGCGGUAGAUCAGCUUCGUUUGCCAACAUGACCUGGUGUGCCUUGAUCUUGGCCUGGGAAUGCGUUCACCAGUACAACUCCUUGUUCUACAUGAGACAAGAAACCGAUAACCCAUGGUGGAAGCAAACUGCAAUUGAUCUUUGGUCGAACCAGUUCUUGUUCUGGUCCGUUAUUGGUGGAUUUGUCUCCGUGUUCCCCGUGGUCUACAUCCCCGUGAUCAACACCAAGGUCUUCUUACACAAGGGCAUCUCCUGGGAAUGGGGUGUAGCUAUCGGCUGCACCGUUUUGUUUUUGCUCGGUGCCGAAGCUUGGAAAUGGGCCAAGCGUGUCUUUGCUAGAAAGAUGGUUACCAAGAAAGCCAAGAACCCCGAAUACGAAUUAGAGAGAAACGAUCCAUUCCAAAGAUAUGCAUCAUUCUCAAGAUCAGGUACCAUGGACAACCAAAAGGUGCUAGUAUAA